GUUUACCUUUUAAGGUUUCAUCGUAAACUUGACCCCGCUGUACGGACAAGACUUGCUUCUUCACAAGGUCUUCUCCAAGACUUUAAAAUUCCAAUUUCAAAGCAGAGGACGACGACAAGGAAAACAUACAAAGAAGCUCAAGCUCAAGAUGGGGUUUGUGGGUCUCGUUCAAUUUUCCCUUCAAUGCUUUGAUGUCCUUGCAUGGCCUCUACUUUCUCUGGUGUAUCCUCUAUGUUGUACCAUUAGGGCGAUUGAGGCCAAUUCUGUUUCAGAUUCUCAGAAGAUGAAUACUUAUUGGGUUGUCUUCUCAUUGAUUCUGCAAUUUGAACAUGCAUUUAUGAAGCUCCUAAAAUGGCUCCCACUGUGGCCAUUCUUUAGGCUAAUCAUUGUCUUCUGGUUGGUGAUACCUCAUUUCGGUGGUGCAUUUUAUGUCUAUAAACACCUUAUCUGUCCAUGCCUCUCCACGGACCUCCAAAUUGUUGUCAACUGGUUCAACAAGCGGAAGAAAUCCUCGUUUAACACAGACAAUGUUUUUACCGAGGUGGAGAGAUAUGCACAUGAGAAAGGACCUGAGGCUCUAGAAAAAGUUGUUGCUUCCAAAUCUGAGAGAACAAAGUCAAAUCCCGAUGCGAAAGAGUUCAAAGCAGUUUCAUCUCUGGAAAAUAAAGAGGUUAUCCAGGCAAAGCAUAAUCUGACUGGGACUGGAAACAGCAAAUUUGCCGCUAUGGAGAUUAAAGAAAAAGCCAUUGAGGUUGUAGCAGACAGAAAUAUUAUGAACACUCCACCUUUGAAUGAAGUCCAGAAGGGGUGGACUUUUAACUCCGACCUAGACAGUAGAAACCUCAAGAAUGCAAUUGAGGGACCGAAAGCAAGGAACCAGGCUGAGCCUAGGCUCACUCAGAUUGGAAACGGUGCACUUGCGGCGGUGGAGGCUAGUGUAAACCCUGUUGAGAUUGCAACAGGUAGAGAGCUUAUUGAGUCUUCCCAAAAUGUCCCGAAAGAGUGGACUUGUGCUCUUGAGGUAACAAUUCCAAGUGAAAGAACUUUGAAUUCCAACCUAAUAAGGAUACACAAGGCAUCACAUGAGGCACUGAAUGCAAAGAGGCAGGCAUAUGUCCCCAAAAUGGCCCUAGCUAAAUCUGAUAAGCAUGAGGAGCCAGGAAAAAGUAUACCGAGCGUUGCAUCAAAACCCAAGGUUAUUAUCAAUCAAGAGGUGCAAGCAGAGGAGCUAGAAAACAGGAUACCGAGCAGUGGAUCAAAACCCAUGUGGAUAAUCAAUCCAAAGGUGCAAGCUGAGGAGCCCGAAAACAGUAUACCCAGCAGUGGAGUAAAACCCAAGAUUAUUAUCAAUCGAAAGGUGCAAGCAGGGGAGCCAGAACAAAGCAUACCUGAGGCUCUAGAAAAAGUUGUUGCUUCCAAAUCUGAAAGAACAAAGUCAAAUCCCGAUGCGAAAGAGUUCAAAGCAGUUUCAUCUCUGGAGAAUAAAGAGGUUAUCCAGGCAAAGCAUAAUCUGACUGGGACUGGAAACAGCAAAUUUGCCGCUAUGGAGAUUAAAGAAAAAGCCAUUGAGGUUGUAGCAGAUAGAAAUAUUAUGAAGACUCCACCUUUGAAUGAAGUCCAGAAGGGGUGGACUUUUAACUCCGACCUAGACAGUAAAAACCUCAAGAAUGCAAUUGAGGGACCGAAAGCAAGGAACCAGGCUGAGCCUAGGCUCACUCAGAUUGGAAACGGUGUACUUGCAGCGGUGGAGGCUAGUGUAAACCCUGUUGCGAUUGCAACAGGUAGAGAGCUUAUUGAGUCUUCCCAAAAUGUCCCAAAAGAGUGGACUUGUGCUCUUGAGGUAACAAUUCCAAGUGAAAGAACUUUGAAUUCCAACCUAAUAAGGAUACACAAGGCAUCACAUGAGGCACUGAAUGCAAAGAGGCAGGUAUAUGUCCCCAAAAUGGCCCUAGCUAAAUCUGAUAAGCAUGAGGAGCCAGGAAAAAGUAUACCAAGCGUUGCAUCAAAACCCAAGGUUAGUCAGGCAGAGCCUGAUCUCACUGGAACUGAAAACAGCAGAUUUCCCAGUAUGGAUAUUAAAGAAAAGGCCAUUGGGAUUGCAUCAGAGAGAGGAAUUCUGAACAUUCCACCUUCAGAGAAGGUUCGGGAGUGGACAAGUGCAGUCAGUCAGGUAACGACCCAAAGUGAUACAACUUUUAACUCCUACUCGGACGGUAAAAUACACGAGGCUGAAGCUAAGCACACUCAGAUGGAAAACGGUACAUUUGCGACCAUGGAGACUCAAGAAAAAGUUGUUGAGGUUGUUACAAGUAUUGAGUCUGCCCUACAAGUCCAGAAAGAGUGGACUUGUGCCCUCUGUCAGGUAACAACUCAAAGUGAAGCAACUUUGAACUCCCACCUCCAAGGCAGAAAACACAAGGCAGCAUGUGAGGCACUGAAAGCAAAGAGCUGGCCGUUUGCGCCAAAAAUUGCCCCGGGUUCAGCUGCAAAGGAAUCUAAUCAACCUAACAAGGAGCAAGGAAAGACGACAACGAGCAGUGCAUCAAAACAAAAAGUUAUUGUAGAUGAAAAGGUGCAAAGCCAGAAAAAUAGCAUUCCAACUUCAAGGACAAAGACUUCUGAUAAAUCUAAAAAGGAGCCAGCAGAAGGUGCAUCCAUCAAUGGAAGCCAACAAGGAAACCCGAUUGAAGUUCCAAGCAUGAAGGAUUUAACUCUAUCGUGCAGUGUUUGUAAUGUGCACUGCCCCAGUGAGAUUGUCAUGGCAUCGCAUCUCAAUGGCAGAAAACACCAGAAAAAGAUGCAACAACGACAACAGAACCCAAAUUAAGUUCUAAGGAAGAAUGAUUUUUUGUGGAACAUAAAUCGCCACCAUUGAGAAUUGAGUUGUAGUGACACACCACAACCCACUUAACUCGUUUUACGUGUAUUCAAAGCACUAAAAUAUUGCCAACGGGGUCAGUCCAAUGGAAUUGACUUGCAGACCAGUGAUCUCAGGUUCCCAUGGCACUUUGAUAGUGUGUGUUAGAAAUCUCAUUUCCCCUUGUAAUUCCAACUAUAGCUUGUAUUUGGGAUUUUUUUUUUAAACCUAUAAAAUAUUUUAACAAUCAAAGGACCUCUUUUAUUCCA